AUGACAGAAAAAGCUAAAAGUUAUGGGACUUACGUAAGGCAGCGUGCUAGCAAACGCUCACUUGUAAUUGAUGCUCUUUCAGAACUAAGUGGAAUCAGAGAUGGUCAGGUGGUUGACAACAAUGCAAAGAAGGCACGCAUGAACAAUGGCAAGAAAAAGAUAAAUGCCAAUGCAGCUCCUGAGCAGCCUAAUUCAAGGAAAUCCAGUGAGAUUUUUGAUCUGGCAUUUGUCAGGUUUUUUAUUAUAGAAGGAGCAAUUGUUGCUGUUACUUACUUAGAGCCAAUAAAUGGAUUAUCAUUAAUGGACUCUGUAAGUGAGGUUGGAGAGAGCAGUGCGCAGGGUGCACUUAGAAAUCAAGCUAAACUAGGACAGCCUAAGGAAGCCAAAAAGAAGACACCUGCUCCAAAAAAGAAGAAAGAACCACUUGCUGCAAUUGGCCAGCCACUUCCAACAGCUUCGUUACAGAUGGAGGCUCCUCAUGUCUGUCUUAAAUGCGGAGCUAAGAAAUUUCAAUAUAAAUGGCUCCAUUUUUGUUGUGGGAAUGGAAGUAUUAAGAUUGCUUCAAACGAUUUUCCUCCUGAACUUCAUCGACUCUUUACAUCUCAAGACGAGGAUGCAUUGCACUUUAGACAAUAUGUUCGCAUGUACAAUAGUUUGUUUGCAUUUUGCUCACUUGGAGGUGAUUAUAAUGCAAAGACUGAAAAGGGAAUUUAUGUCUUUUUGCUGCAUGGGCAGAUCUAUCACAAUUUGCCUGAUUUACUUCCUGGAAAUGAAAAGCCUAAGUACUUGCAGCUUUACUUCUAUGAUGCACGGUUUGAAGCUGUGACAAGAUCAAAAGUGUUCCUUGAAGUUAGGAGAGACAUAGUAGACAUACUUAUGCGCGUUACAAGUAUAAAUCCGUAUGCUCGAUUCUUCAGGUCAUUGCGAGAUCUUACUGUUACCCAUAGUACACAGAUUGUCAUUAGUCAAAGCACAGUGUUAGACCAGCGAGUGUAUAAUGCACCUUCCACUGAUGAGGUUGCUGCUAUAUGGCCAGAUAGCAUGUCUUCAAGCGAGUAUAGUGGUCCGCAUAUAAUUGUAUCAGGGAAGUCUACUAGGAAGCAUCGAAUAUGUCAUUAUUAUGGAUGCUAUGACCCAUUGCAGUACCCUCUGCUCUUCCCAUAUGGUGACUGUGGCUGGACUCAAGGUUUGAGAAAAACUUAUAAAAGUACACAGAAGAAGGCUUUAAUGGACGUUAGUCCUGUUUCUUCAUGUGUCGUUCAUUCAGAAGAUAGUUUAUUAGAACAAGAGGCUAAUCGUUCAGCAGACUGUUCAGGCACCUCUAACAGGCAUAUUUCUGCUAGAGAAUAUUAUGCUUAUAAGUUGCAGAUCAGGCCAGGGAACAUGCUUCUUCUUGGAGGUCGCUGUUUCCAACAGUACAUUGUUGAUAUGUAUGUGAAGAUUGAAAAUACUAGACUUGAUUUUUUUAGAAGGAAUCAGCAAACAAUCAGAGUAGAUAUGUAUCAGGGUAUCCUAGACACUGUUGAUGAUGGAGAGAAAAGUGCAAACAAUAUUGGCCGACGAGUUAUUUUGCCACCUUCUUUCAUUGGUGGGCCCCGUGAUAUGAAAAAACGCUAUUUAAAUGCUAUGGCACUUGUUCAGCGGUUUGGCAAGCCUGAUCUUUUUGUUACUAUGACAUGUAACGCUAACUGGCCAGAGAUAACAGCUGAACUUGCUGACACUGAAACUGCAGCUGAUCGUCCAGAUGUUGUUGCUCGUGUAUUCAGAAGUAAAUUAAUUGCUUUGAAAAAGCAAAUCACAGAAGAGCAAGUUUUUGGAAAGCUUACUGGUCCUGCAGAUUAUGAUACAUUUGUUAGUGCAGAAAUACCUUCUACUGAUUCUCCUCAGUUGCGUAAAAUUAUACUCAAGCACAUGAUGCAUGGCCCUUGUGGUAGCUUAAAUCCAAAGUGUGGGUGCAUGAAAAAGAAAGUUAAGGAUGAAUUUGCUUGUAAAUAUAAUUAUCCAAAGUCAUAUGUAGAAGAAACUACUACUAAUGAGGAUAGUUAUCCAUUAUAUAGAAGGCGGAACACAGGAGAACAUGUUAGGAUUCAUGGUGCUAAUCUUGAUAAUCGAUGGGUUAUCCCAUAUAAUCCAUACCUAUCUUUAUUAUUUGAUUGCCAUUUAAAUGUUGAGGUGUGCUCUACUAUUCAAGCAGUGAAAUAUUUGUAUGAGUAUGUCUAUAAGGGCCAUGACCGUGUUUCUUUUAAUGUUGCUGGAGAAGGCAAUGAAGGUGUAGAUGAGAUUGAGAAUUUUCAGGCUGGUAGAUGGGUUUCUCCAUGUGAGGCAGCCUGGAGAAUAUUUGGGUUUGAUUUGUUUGAGAUGACCCCUUCAGUCAUGUUGUUACCUGUGCACAUCAAAAAUGCAUCUCUGCCUAGAGGCACAGGCCUUACAUAUACUGGAAUGAUUACAGAAUACAGAUGGGAUAGCAGCAAUAAGGAGUGGAUUAAGAGAAGUUAUAAAAAGAAUAAUGUAGGUCGGAUGGCUUUUGUUGUUCCUUCAGAAGGUGAGCGUUUCUUCUUGCACUUGUUGCUGGGUAAAGUUAAAAGUCCUAUUUCAUUUGACCAUCUAAAAACUGUUUGUGGAGUUUUAUACUCAACAUUUCAAGAAGCUGCUAUUAAGCUGGGAUUGUUUCAAGAAGACAAUGCCAUCACUGCAUGUUUGGAGGAGGCAGCAGAAGCUCAAAUGCCUUCAGAGAUGAGGCAACUCUUUGCAACCCUGUUAAUAUUCUGCCAGCCAAGUAAUCCAAAUGCACUUUGGUUGCGCUUCUAUAGUUCUUUAUCUGAAGACUUCAAGCAUAAAUAUCCAGACUGCCCAUCUAAAGUAAAGAGUUUGACUGUGAAAGAGUUAAAGAGCAGCUUAGAAGCAAUGGGGAAAACGUUGGAAUAUUUUGAAUUAGGCCACUUAGUAGAGGAAGCGCAAGAUGGGAUGCGUGUGACAAGAGAUAUUGCAGAUGCGUUAGAAGCACCUAUUCCUCCAGAGUGUCUUGAUUGUCGAGACAAAUUAAAUGCAGCUCAGGCAGCUGCAUUUAACAGUAUUAUGUGUUAUAUUCAAGAUGGCAAACCAGGGUGUUUCUUUGUGGAUGGUCCUGGUGGAACUGGGAAAACUUUCUUAUAUAAUGUUUUAUAUGCUGAGGUCCGUUUGGCAGGAAAAAUAGUUUUGCCAACAGCUACAUCAGGUAUUGCAGCAUCUAAUAUUCCUUCUGGCAGAACAACACACUCAAGAUUUAAGAUACCAUUAGAUUCUGAAAUAUCACUUGCUUGUGAUGUUCCUAAGCAAGGAAGUUUGGCUGCUUUGAUAAAAGAGGUUGUUCUUAUUAUUUGGGAUGAGGCUUCAAUGGCACGGCGAGAAAACAUUGAAUCAUUAGAUCUAUUACUUCGGGAUCUUUGUUAUCCUGAUCAGCCUUUUGGUGGGAAGGUAAUUGUUUUUGUAGGGGAUUUUAGGCAAGUGUUGCCUAUUCUGCCUCGUCGUACACAAAAGGAAGCUGUUGGUUUAGUUGAAAGUGCUUAUGUUCAGAUUCCACAACACAUUAUUAGGUAUUAUGCUAUGAAUGAUGAUCCUGUUUCUGAGUUGGCUGCUACAAUUUUCCCUGAAAUUUCUGUUCCUGGGUUUGAUAGCAAUAUUUUUAAUGAACGUGCAAUUCUUACACCAAUGAAUGAGGAUGUUGAUACCAUCAAUGAAUAUAUGAUUAAAUUGUUUCCAGGCACAUCUACUGUGUAUGAAAGCUAUGAUUCAAUACUUGAUGACAGUUGUACACUGUAUCCUACUGAAUUUCUAAACACGCUUUGUCCGGGAGGAAUGAGUCCUCAACAGCUUGAACUGAAGAUAGGAAGCCCUGUUAUUUUGAUGCGCAAUUUAGCGCCUUCUAAGGGCAUGUGUAAUGGCACUCGUCUUAUCUGUAGACGCUUUCUUCCUAAUUCAAUUAUUUGUGAAAUAGUAUUAGGUCAUUAUAAAGGGACCUUAUAUUUUGUGCCACGGGUUAACUUAAGACCCUCAUCUUCUUGUAAGUAUCCUUUUCAGUUUGAACGCAAGCAAUUCCCACUGAAGUUAAGUUUUGCUAUGACAAUAAACAAGUCUCAAGGGCAAACAUUAAGCCAAGUACUGAUAUACUUGCCACAACCUUGCUUUUCUCAUGGUCAAUUAUAUGUGGCCCUUUCUCGUGCCAAGAAAUCUGAUAAUGUAACUGUCUAUACACCCCAGCCACCAGCAACCUGUACUGGAAGCAGUGUCAAGAAUAUCGUAUCAUAUGAUGUGCUACGAUUGGCUAAUAUUAUUACAUGUGAAGUUUGGUUUAUUUAUGAGCAUAAUUUACUUGCUGAGGCUAUUGCAUUUCACAAGUUAGCUUAUAACAUUUGA